CGACGCAAGUUUUGUGGCAUGCAUUACAUCGCGAACAAUUAAUGUCCUGCACGCAGACUUCUCGUCACACACCAGCAGGUCGUGAUCGAUGACUGUGAGGCUUCAAAGCUGCAGGAAAAUCCAUCCGCUCGCCUGAUGCGCCCCCGGGCCUAUCAGCCGAGGAAUCUCGGCGGUAUCAUCGCAUGAUCUCAGGCCGUGCGGGCAAAUAUGUAUGGUCGUGACGGGCUUGGUCAUAGUCGCCAAUUUCGACAAUAAUAGAUAUUACAUAUCGUACUGUUAUCCUCACGUAGCUACUAACCAUGUCACGGUCAUUGUCCAACUCUCCGUGUCUACGCCUGAGCUGAGGAGCACGAUUCUGCUUUCUCAAUGGCCGAGCGAAACAGGAGCACCGACGACCUGAUUGGCGUGGCUCCAUGGCAGGUCGGCGAGGGUAUGCCAGCUUCUUAUAACCUUCGUGGAUCCCAUGGCGACCAUCUCGUCGUAGAGCAGCAGCAUCAGCAGCAGGAGGAAGAAGAAGAAGAAGAAGAAGAAGAAGAAGAAGAAGAGGAUCGCGCUCGCGGACCAGCCCUGUCAGAUCUCAUGCAAUAUCAUUACCCCCGAGACCGCGUGUUGCUUGCAGAGAGUGCGAGCAUAUCGUACCCGCCCCGGUCGAUGAUGCAACACGAUGAUCCUGGUUCACUCGCACCGCAUCCGCCGUUCCAGAUCGGAGCGCCUGCGUAUUCCCAUGUCGCCUCAACGGCAGCUGGUCUGAUGCCGGGCGCAUUGUUGCAACAUGAGCAAUAUGCCGCCGCGCCGCCACAAUCUCGACCUGCCACCAUUCUGGGAUACGGCACCACCGACGGACUUGUGCUGCCAUCGGGUACCACGACAUCGGCAUGGAGUCAAACAGGCGGGAAUCUCAUGUCCGCCGGAUUGGCUGUAGCAUCGGCGUCGGCCACCACGCCGCGAAGUAUGGCGGCCAAGCCAAAGGAGCAGAAAAGACGCACGAAGACGGGAUGUUUGACAUGUCGCAAGCGACGCAUCAAGUGUGACGAGGCUUUCCCCUCUUGUCGCAACUGCCAGAAAAGCAAGCGGCAGUGUAUGGGCUACGACUUCAAUCGAACAAACCUGCAAGGCACCAACGGCAAUACGCUGCUUCGACCGGCACCGCGGCGCGAUCAACUACCGCCGUCUGGCGUAGCGUUCCUGCCACACGUGCUUCGGACUGCACCUGACGGUCAUCUUCCACCACAGCGGCCCUUCCCCGUCAUUCCUUCGUCACGCGUUGAUGAAACCGCAAAUUACCACGAAUAACCUUACAGACAUCCGGUUCGUCUCUAGCGACGCAGAUGGCGCGAAGCUCAUCUUCAUCGGGCCUGCAGCCUCAUCGGAAUAUCAAAUUCGUAAGCAUCAAUGACUUGUUCUCUCUCAACGAUAUUGCGGCGGCAUACGUCGAGCGGGAAGCUCCUCUCGCAGGCGUUAUUCUCGAUCAGCGCGAGAU